GCUCACGAAGUGAAGUAUCAACCAACAUACCAUAAAUUCCUCCACCAUAUCCUUCUGUGUACACAGAAGCCUAGACAAAUUAGGAAGAUCAGAGAAAGAUGGUGAACAGUAUAGCCAUUUACACGUCCUUCUUGCGUGCCAUAUUAGGACUAGCCGGAGUGAGACCCCAGUCAGUGGAGAUUGAGCCAGGAACAAUCGUGCACAUAUGGGCUCCAAAUGAAACUGCAAAGAAGACCAACAACCUCAAACAAGCCGAGAACAAACCGAGCAAACCUGCUGUGGUGUUUCUUCAUGGUUUUGGAUUUAAUGGCAUUCUAAGUUGGCAAUUUCAGGUGCUAGCAUUGGCUAAAGAGUACUCAGUUUACGUGCCAGAUUUCCUCUUCUUUGGAGGCUCGGUCACAGAUAGAACUGAGCGGUCACCAGCUUUUCAAGCAGAAUGCAUGGCUAAGUGUCUAAGGAAGCUCGGUGUAGAGAAGUGUACCCUGGUUGGAUUGAGCUAUGGAGGGAUGGUGGGGUUCAAGAUGGCUGAGAUGUUCCCUGACUUGGUCGAUUCCUUCGUUGUGAGCUGCUCUGUUAUGGCCUUGACAGAGUCCAUUAGUCGUGCUAGCCUUGAGAGAAUUGGCUUCCCAUCGUGGGUAAAACAUUUGGUUCCUGACACAGUCGAAGGUGUGAAAAAAAUUGUAGACGUUUCCACCUACAAAUCUCUGUGGAUGCCUCACUUUUUAUACAAAGAUGUUUUCGAGACCGCAUAUGAUAUCAACAGGAAGGAAAGAGUAGAGCUUCUGGACGCACUCAUCGUAAAGGACAAGGACUUCAGCCUCCCUUCUUACCCCCAGGUCAUAAUUAACUGCGCGCACACACACCACAUCAUAAUAGUAGAAACUCUUGACCUUGCUCUGCCAAGGUGACCUGAAAACAUGGCAUCUCGCUCUAAUGAAGCUUUGUUUCUAAAAAGGAGCAAAUCCAAUCACAAUAUUGUGCUAGUGUAAUUCAUGCCGAAGCAUCUGCUGAAGGACAAAAAAAAAAAGAAGAAAAUGUAGCUUCCAUGGCCACUCUUCUUCGCCACUCACUAUUCAUUUAAUGUUCUUGAUU